CUCGUCCUCAUAACAACACAGCCAGAGGACGACGGAAGCAACGACAUCAAAACCUCUAGAGAAACUAGCGUCGUUUACUUUCUAUUUUACCGACAACCCACCAGCACAGACACCUACGGCUAGUUUUAUAAAUAGCUUUUAUAUUAUUGCUGUGAUACAGCCUCUACCUCCUGUUUAUCUCAUCUCACUGCCAGCUGGUUGACUUUGACGCAAUAAUAUGCCUUCAGAGAAAACCUUCAAACAAAGAAGGACAUUCGAACAGAGAGUAGAAGAUGUGAGACUGAUCCGAGAGCAGCACCCCAACAAGAUCCCAGUGAUCAUUGAGAGGUAUAAAGGAGAGAAACAGCUUCCCAUCCUGGACAAGACCAAGUUCCUGGUGCCAGACCACGUCAACAUGAGUGAACUCAUCAAGAUUAUCAGGAGGCGCCUCCAGCUGAACUCCAACCAGGCCUUCUUCCUGCUGGCUAACGGCCACAGCAUGGUCUCGGUGUCGGCCGCCAUCUCUGAGGUCUAUGAACGUGAGCGGGACCAGGACGGCUUCCUCUACAUGGUGUACGCCUCCCAGGAGACCUUCGGCGCCGCCACAACCGUCCAGUGAACAGCCUUCCUUCUUCUUCCACCCGGCAGGUGUUUUGGACAAUUGUAGUUUUUAGCCCCCUCCAUGUUUCUCGCCACACACCUUUAGUCUCGACUGUAAGAACUAAAACACAACCUGCUAAAUCUAAACACAGCGUACGAUAAUUCCCCAGCUCGGUUGUGAUCUCUAUAUUAUGACUGCAAUGAGCGGAUAGCCUGUUCGUGUACCACCACACUCACCCAGUAGCAUAGAGCCACACGGGUCGACCACAACAGCAGAGUUUAAGUAGAGAAAUCCCAAAUCUGACUCAGGCCGAUAGAGUUAGUGUUUGUCUCUGCUUCUUUAUUGUCCUCUCUGGUGAAUCAUGUCCGCCGUCAUGGCAACGUACCGCCUGUUGACGGCAGUUAUUUUCAGUGUUGUGGUUACGUGUCUCCUCGGCUGUAUUUAUGUUAAUGUAUAUAUACAUUUCAGGUAGUUAUAUUACAUAAAAGUGGUGAGGCUCUGCCACUUCUCUAUAUAUACAUUAGCCAAUGAACAAAGCCAACCUUAAUUUUAAGGUUUUUUGGAGACUAGAGAAAGUUAAGGGUUUCUGGGUUCACCUGUUUGUUUUUAACGGAGCAUUUUAUCGCAGUGAAAAGGUGAAACUGUGGAGUCUCGAUCAGAGUACUUUUGCCGGAGAAAAAAUGCUAAAUGAAGUAGAGAAGAUUAAUCUACGCAUCUCUGCUGCACGUCUCGUCACAUCCUCUCAAAGGUCCUUCCUCAGUGUUUUUAUCUCUCCCUGCCUUGUAUCCUAAAGCAUCUUCACUGUAACAAAAAAAUAUGUUGGGGAAACUGCUUUUGCUCUCGAAAUAGAUGAUUGUAGUUUGCAAAAAGAAAUGCCUUGGUGUACAGAUAAUGUUGACUUUUACAGCUUUGAAUAUAAAAGGGGUUCCAAUGAGAGUGUAACCAAGUUGAAUUUGGACACACUACAGGAGCAUGCAUGUGUGAAUGGAGGAUGAGGGUGUUUCUGUAAAUGCUGAUGAGGGGAGGGGGUCGACAUUUUUCCUUUCCUUUCUUAUCUCCUUUGUCACAAGUAUUUAUGGAGGUGAUCAAGGGAUGAAGGAAACAAACAGGGUGAUGAGCAUCAUGUCUGACUGUCCAUCUGCCUUUGACCCACGGGGCUGAUUUCUCACAGCUGUCACUGUUGUUCAGUUUCAGUUCACUGAAACUCAACAAGUACUUUCAGUGUGGGGGAUCUGCCCGGUAGGUUUUUAAGGGCUGCACUCUGAAAGAAAGAAAUAACUGAAUCUCCUGUCUGUGCUCCUCCUCCCCAUCCUCUUAACACAUCGAGGUUUAGCUGCUUUUAUAUCGCAGUAUUUUAUCAUUCGGGUUCUUUUUAUUUUCUGUGAUUUUUAUUUCAUUGUACAACAUGUCUUUUCUCUUCGCUGUCUUCAGUAUGUGAAGUAGGCCUACAAAGGUGACUCUUUUUUUCCCAACUAGUGAAAGCCACUGUGUGUUUGUUACAGAGGGGUGGAGCGUUUGUUUCAGUGGUCUUUUCUGCCUGCUCCUCUGUUUCACACACACAUAUCCACACACAGCAAUAUCAUACAGCCUCCUCUUAUGUAUUUAUGUUGGUAUUUUGUAAACAAUAAAAGGAGAAAAAAAAGAUCAA